CCAGUACUUGUUAAAAGAUCGCUAAAAUUGAUCUAACUGUUAUUGUAGUUUUAUCCGUUAUUGGCAUAUCAUGUUGUUUUGUGUUGCAGUUUUACAGAUUUCCUUUGCUACAUUUGUUGGGUUUAAUGUUAGUCGGAUACUGUAACUGCUACCAUGUUUCUUUUACGGUAAUUAACUGGGUAAAGCGUGAUUUGGUCUAUUUAAAGCAAGUCAAGUUAUAGCCACCAAUUGACAAUGUUGUAAAUGAGAACUAAUUGUAUUGAUCAUAUCCAAGUCCAACGCCUGUGAUGCUCAAGAGAGAUGCGUUUAUAUUUGUAGUUCUUAUGUAUAUUUCUACAGAACAAAACUAUAUAUUUAUUGUUGCUGGAGUUGCUCCAAUGGCUUUUUGCCAAUAUGUAUCUGGUUGACUUUCUCCAGUGACGUCAAGGCGGAUUUUUCAAUAACCGCAAACGUCCAGAACAUUAAUACUUUUAAACGAUGUCUGUCUCCAGUGAAAUUGAAGAAAAUUAGGGAACAUUAGCCAGCGAUUAUCCUCAGACUUUCCAUCCAUCCAUUACGGCUCAUCUCUCCAGUGUCUCCUUUCUCGUUUCUCGUUUCUACUGGGGGGGGAUACUGUUGCCUCAGUCAAACCAAAUCCUAAAACCAGCAAAAUAUUUUCUAUUAAACCACGGUCCUCAGAGGCACUUGUUGACUUUGGGUGAACCAGAGCGUUCUUUGUUGGCACCGCCGUGCGUUUAGACAGUGUUGAACGAUGGCUCUUGUGGACCCGACUGCCUCCCACCUGGACCCGGGCAUGGAAGGCGAGGGAGGAGUUCUCGCCGGAGACCUCGGUGUCCUCCCCAACGCCAACUGCCCUAAACAUGGGCACAACGGCCUGGACAACCCCGACGCCUGCAAGGCCAAACAGUGCCUCCGCAAAGUCAUCGGCCACCACGGGGACUACGUCAAGAUCUCGCUGCCCGACGCCAGGGGCAACCGGCUGCCGGCGGAGUGGUGGAAGACCGCCAUCGCGUUCUUCUACGCCCUCUUCAACCUGGUGCUGACCACCGUGGUCAUCACGGCGGUCCACGAGAGGGUCCCGGAGAAGGAGAGCAGCCCGCCGCUGCCGGAUAAGUUUUUCGACUACGUCGACCGGGUCAAGUGGGCGUUCACCGUCACGGAGAUCAACGGCAUGCUGCUGGUGGGGAUCUGGAUAAUUCAGUGGAUCUUCCUCAAAUACAAGUCAAUCGCGGGUCGGAGGUUCUUCUUUCUGAUUGGCACCCUCUAUCUGUACCGCUGUGUCACCAUGUACAUCACCACCCUUCCUGUACCCGGCAACCAUUUCACCUGCGCCCCCAAGCUAUAUGGAGACUCGCAGGCAAAGAUGCAGCGCGUGUUGCAGUUGAUCUCUGGGGGCGGCCUGUCCAUCACGGGCUCCCACCUCAUGUGCGGGGACUUCCUCUACAGUGGCCACACCGUCAUGCUGACCCUCACCUACCUGUUCGUCAAGGAGUACUCCCCGCGGACGUUCUGGUGGUACCACCUGAUGUGCUGGCUGCUGGCUGCCGUGGGGGUCGUGUGUAUCCUGGUGGCCCAUGAACACUACAGUGUGGACGUGGUGGUGGCCUACUUCAUCACCUCACGGCUCUUCUGGUGGUACCACACCAUGGCCAACGUCCCGGGUCUGCGGUGCUCAGCGAACAAUUACCUCACCAACACCUGGUGGAACCCUGUGUUCAACUUCUUUGAGAGGAAUGUGCAGACCCAGGUGCCCUGCGCCUUCUGCUGGCCAAUCACCUGGCCCCCUGCCUGCCUUAAGAACUCCUGUAAAAAGUACAAUGCGGUGUAGAGCCUGCUUACGGAGAAGUCCCAACACCUCAGUCCAAUCAGGGUCGUGUUCAUUAAAAUACAAAACGGCAUGUUCACAGUUCCUCCCUGUUUCAGUCUGUUAUUUUCUUUUCUUGUUUGGUGCUUAUUGAACAAGUCCAGACACUCACCACCAGUGUUGCUUUUCUGACCCGAACUGCAAACUGAUUUUUGUAUUCAUGAAGUAUAGACACGGGUUUUUGGAUCAUAGGUCAAUGUUCUCUGUAUGGUCAUAAGACUUAUGUAGCCCAGAUCAAAGACUGUUAUAUGAUCAAUAUUUAAAGUUUGAGGAUGUUAAGGCUCAUUAGGAAAGGUUUGUGAGAAGAAUAACAUCCACAUUAGGUUCGUAUGUACUUCACCACUAGAGUAAUUUAUUCUAUGUUUACUUGUUAAUUGCAAAAUGUUUUAUGUUACUGUAAAAAACUGAAGAAGUCCAAAUGUUCGGAUGAAUCCAUUUUGCCACUUACUGGCAGCUUGACUGAGAUCUCCAAAAUGAAAAUAUUAUUUUAUAGAGCUAUAAAUAAUAACAUAUAAAUGAAUUUCAUAUAGAUUUGAAGUACGAUGUAUUUAUAAUUUCCAAAACGUGCCUUUAAAUACUAAUGCAUGCAAUUUUAAAUUGCAAGCUUUGAUAUGUUUGUUCUGAAAACAGUUUAUAAUUUUUUAUCCAUUGCAUUCAAUGUGCCUUUAGUCUACAAGAGUAAGAUAUUCUUUCUGGCUGUAUUAAACGUUCCUGUAUGA